AUGAAUUACAAGGCAUGUGUGGUAGAUAUUAAUAACAAACCUAGAACCAUACCAGAAAAUCAUGAUCAAGACACAAAAGUUAUGAUAAAUGAAUCCGUAUCGAAUGAUGAAAACAGAUCCCAUGAAGAUGGAGCGAAAACAUCCUCUAAAAAGUGA